AUGGGGAAACUGGUCGGAAUCGUGUUAUUUCUGCUUGCGGGACGUUAUGCCGCUUUCCCACUUGACGAUUCCCAUCGAAGUGAGUCCCGUAUAGUUGGUUGACCUUGUUUUUAGCUGAUUCUGUAUCUUAUGGUUUGCCUGGACAUGUUUUUGAUGGAGAAGACGAAAAUUCAAACAUUGUGAGUUUUUUUUGUAGUGAUUUGUGACUCUUUUCCCAUUUUUAGGUUCACGUUGAACCCCAUCUUCAACCUCCGGCGCCUACUCACAUGCCGUAUCUGGAUCUUAUUGAUCAGAUGUCAACUUCUGAUGCUCCAUUGGCGGGAGAUGUUUCGAAUGUGGAACCUGAAGAAGCUCAAGCAACCACAACAGGUCCCGUGGAUCCUGAAGUUGUAGUCCCAAUUCUCCAAAAGGGUUCGCAGGAAUCGUCUGAAUCCAAAUCUGCCGAACUUCACAACUUCCAUCAGGUUUCUGUCGAGAAAGGCUCUUCUGAUUCAACCGAAGAUCGUGGAGGUUCGAAUGAAGACAUUGGUGAAUUCUCGACGACUCAAAGAUCUUCGAAAUUCAGAAGUUUAAAGUCUGGAAUGAGAAGUUUUGACGACAGCGAUGGAUUCGGGCCCAUUGAGAAGUUGAAUGACCUCCCACCUCAAUUUGGACAACAACAGGGUCCACUUACUCAAACUGAGUCUACUGUUCCUCCGGUUGGGCAAUCGACUUUGGGGGCGGUUGUAGUUGUUCCUGCUGAAGAAUCCGCUGUUUCUACCGGUAAGAUUUUUUAUUUAUUGACUGUAUAAUAUUGAAUUCAGAUUCUCCUACUGCCGAGCUAGUGGUUGGACAGUUCUCGGGAGCCGAGACACCUGGCACAGAGCCUGUUGUAGAAGUGACAACAGAGCAGUCAACAACUCCACUGAUUAUUACUGAUUCUCUUUUAACCGAGUCAACAGUUCUAUCAACUGAGCAUUCUUCAGUCUCUUCUGCAGCCCCUUCCACUGUCUUUGAGUCUUCCACGGUCCCUGUAACAGAAGUUACCACCACAGUUGUAGUACCAACGACCGGAGCCACGACUGAAGCCGUAGUCGAUCCAAUUAUAACCCUUUCUCCAAUCGAAAAUCCAGAAACCUCGACCGCGGUUGAGUUCUCUACAUCGCCGGUUACAGAAAGGACAUCUGAGUCCACCUUGUUGUCAGAGGCAACUGUUACAGCUCUAGUUGAUGAUCCCGCAGGUAAUUUUUAUUUUAAAGAAAAAAUAUUUAAGAUUUUUAGUUUCUUCUUCCGCUUCCUAUGCCUUGUCCACUCAGGAAUACACUUUACCAGAAUCUACAUCCGUUGCUUACGAACGCGGUUCAACUGAUCCUACAUCGACCGAGUCAAGUUACUCAUCAGGCACUGGAAGUGGGGCUUCUCCCUAUGUUGCUGAAUCGACUGGACCGGUGUAUGUGGAUCCUUAUGUCCCAACUGAAAGCUCCGGAAGUGGUUCUGGAUCCGGAGAAGUGGUUGGGUCUGGGUCCGGAAGUGGAUCAGGGUCGGGAGAUGAACUCAACGAUGAGUCUGGCUCUGGUAGUGGCUCGGGAUCUGGAGAUGGAAGUGGUUCCGGCGGUGGGGACCUUGGUGCAUCUGGUUCAGGAUCAGGUUCGGGAGACGAAAGUGGAUAUGGUAGUGGAAUCCCCGAGACAUCCGGCUCAGGAGAUGGAUCGGGAAACGACGGAAACAGUAAUGGAUCUGGAUCAGUGUCCACAUACGGCGUCGUGCCAGUCGAGGGAUCUGGAAGCGGAUCUACUCCUUCAUACGCUCCGGUUGUGCCUUACGGCUCUUCUUCCUCAGUGUCCAAUUACGGUCAACCCGGAUCAACCCGGGCAGCUUCCACGGAUCCAAUUAUUGCGUCGACUCGGCCUCCUUACAUCGCUCCCAGCAAGCCACAAACAUACGAAAAGAUCCCCAUCGAGAAAGUUUACUAA